CAAAGCAACACAGCACUACUCAACUCUCUCUCUCUCUCUCUCUCUCUCUCUCUCUCUCUCUCUCUCUCUCUCUCUGUGAAAAAACCAUUAUUCAUAUCAAAUGGCCAAAGGUGGGAAGCUAACAAAGCUCAAGUCAUUACUGAAGAAGUGGAACUCCUUCAGCAAGCAGAACAGCCGCCGCAGCCUCAAUUCUGUUGUCUCCGCCGCCGAUGACGAUUACUUCACGGACGUAAUCUCAGGAGACCUACGCCCUGUCUACGUGGGUAAGUCCCGAAGACGUUAUCUUGUGGCCUCCAACAUCGUAGACCACCCGCUUUUCAAGGAGCUGGCCGACAGGUCAGACGACGACACGAUCAACGUCGCAUGCGAGGUCGUGCUGUUCGAGCACUUGUUGUGGAUGCUCGACAAUGCCGAUCCACAGCCCGAGUCCUUGAACGAGUUAGUUGAGUUCUAUGCCUGCUGAGGGAAAUAUUUAGUAAGGCCUUGUAUGUAUGUGCAUGGUGCGAGCGAGUAGGUCAUUGAGGAAAAAAUAAUGAGAGAGUGGUGGGGGUGAUUCUGUGUGGUCAUCUGCACGGUAUAGAAAUUUGUACAUUGUCAAUAGAUCAUCGACUGAGGGAAAAAAUUUGAGUGUGAUUUGAUUGCACGGUUGAGGAUAAUUAACCCAAUAUUUCACAUCUGGGCUGGUGGGAAAGUUCGUCAGUUCCGUAAUAUAUAUAUGUAUGUAUGUAUGUAUGUAUGUGUGUGUGUGUGUGUGUAUAUAUAUAAUUUUAUUGUUUAUUUCUCA